AAAUUACAAAAUGAAAAUUACAGUUAUUUUUUCAUAAAAUAUAUCUGUGUGUGUUUUGUUUAAAAUAAAAUAUAGGGGUAAUUUAGGGUUGAUUAUUGUAGUGAUAGUAACUGAGGUUGAUGUGGGUCACAAUUUUCUUCUUCCUGGCCUUGAUGCCAUGGUUGGAUCCCCCAGGAGUGUUCUCGUUCAAGUGGGAUCUGAAUAACUCAACUGCUACUCUCAUAUCAGCUCUCCUUGGCUUCCUGCUCCAAUGGUCUGCUGCUUUGGCACUUGGGGCAACAUCUGCAACCUCUCUCAUGGUGUUUUAAGACAAUUUAAGACAUGUGUCUUGCUCCUUCGAGGGUAUCCGACAUGAAAUUCAGAUCAUGGGGUUGUGAGCCUUUGUGGAAUCUCGGUUUAUGCAUCACAUAACAAGGAGGAGUCGGGUGAAAGUUCAAGCAAGCAGCUAAUUCCAAAGCAGAGCAUCCCCUUACAGAAGACCAAGACCAAGACCAACAGAGAAAUAAGGGAAGACACAGGUA